UAAUUGGCUAAGAUGUGUCUGCUAAUGGUGCUUAAGUUCUUCCAAGAGAAUUAUUCUCACUUUUAUUUUAAUGAGGUGGUGUGCUCAUCUUUUGCUACAGGCCCCAGACAAAAUGAUGGAAUGUUCUAUGAAUUUCGUACCUAUGCUCUUAAACCCUCAAAGGUGAAUGAGUUCCUAGAAAACUUCAAGAAAAAUGUGCAUCUUCGGACAGCUCACUCUGAAUUGGUUGGAUAUUGGAGUGUAGAAUUUGGAGGCAGAAUAAAUAAAGUGUUUCACAUUUGGAAGUAUGAUAAUUUUGCUCAUCGAACUGCAGUUCGGAAAGCCUUGGCUAAAGAUAAGGAAUGGCAAGAACAAUUCCUCAUUCCAAAUUUGGCUCUCAUUGAUAAGCAAGAGAGUGAGAUUACUUACCUGGUGCCAUGGUGCAAAUUAGAAAAGCCUCCAAAAGAGGGAGUCUAUGAGCUGGCUACUUUUCAGAUGAAACCUGGUGGCCCAGCUCUGUGGGGUGAUGCAUUUAAAAGGGCAAUUAAUGCCCAUGUUGAUAGAGGCUACACAAGACUAGUUGGUGUUUUCCACACAGAAUAUGGAACACUCAACAGAGUUCAUGUUCUGUGGUGGAAUGAGAGUGCAGAUAGUCGUGCAGCUGGAAGUUUGCUGGGGCCCCUUCGGCUGUGGCUCUCAACAUCCCAGGCAGACAAGGUGAGCGCACUGGGGCCAAUUAAAGUGGUUGUUUUGGAGUUUGCUAUAAACAUUUACACAUAA